GGACGGCCCAGGAGGCGGCAGAGCCAGCAGCCGCUCCUGCCGCGCACCAGCCCCGCCGCCGCCGCCGCCGCCGCCGCUCCCUGCCCGCGCAGCACCCACCGGCCGUCGCUGUCUUCUCCUCUGAAAGAGCCGCCCCUCACCCUGCCCCACCAUGCUGAUCCUCCUGGCGUUCAUCAUCCUCUUCCACAUCACUUCAGCCGCACUUCUCUUCAUCUCGACAAUCGACAGCGCCUGGUGGGUGGGCGAUGGCUUCUUCACAGACAUCUGGCACCAGUGCUUCAAUGAGACGAACUGCACCGCCUUGGACAACACCCUUCCAGAAUACGCGUCUAUCCAGACCGUCCAGGCCUCCAUGAUCCUGGCCACCAUCCUGUGCUGCGUGGCCUUCCUGGUCUUCGUCCUGCAGCUCUUCCGCCUGAAGCAAGGGGAGCGGUUCGUGCUGACCUCCGUCAUCCAGCUCCUGUCCAGCCUCUGCGUGAUGAUUGGGGCCUCCGUCUACACCGACCGGCGCUCGGAGCUGCACCGGGGCCUCUUCUACGGCCACUUGGAGGUGGAGAGCGGGCGCUUCGGCUACUCCUACGUCUUGGCCUGGGUGGCCUUCGCCUUCACCCUGCUCAGCGGCCUCAUGUACCUGGUCCUGAGGAAGCGCAAAUAAAGCCAUGUGGGUGGCUGGCGAGGGAGAAGAACAGCCCCCCCCUCUGCCCCCCCCAGCUCUCCUUGAAGCGCUGGCAUUCCAGCCCCCCUUUGUGUAAAUAGAAGCGCUUGUCGUUCAGCCACGGCUGGGCCCCUCCCCCGUCCUUGGCGUGGCAUUACAAGGCCGGCGGGAGGGCCGGAGAGAAGAAAGAGGUGGGUGGACUGGCUCUUCUGGGCAGGGAUGCCAGCCAGCAGCCCCCACGGCUCUCAAGAGCUCUGGGCAAGCCGGUCCCCCUCCCACUUUGGGGUCCCCUCUGACUCUGCAGCUCCCCAAAGAGCAGUGGGGCUACCCGGCCUUAACAAAAGGCGAGAGGGGGACCGGAGGGGGGGUCUGGUUGGGGCUGGCAGAGUGCAACAGAUGCCAUCCUCCUUAGCCCAGCUUCCCUUUCAGGCCGUAUGAAGGGGGACCUCCUCACAGCACACCUUCUCCCUCCGCCCCCCCAAUUCUAUAACCCCCCCCCCCUCCGAGGGCUGGCAUCGUGGGAGCUGCAGCAACCGUAGCGAAUUCCCAGUGCCUUCUGGGCGCCAAGGGCCCCCUCCGACCUGCCCCUCCCGUCGCUUCGUGCAACAGUGCCUCUCAGUGGGGUGGCUGAGGGUCUUCCUUUCACCCUUCCCAGGGGGCUCACAAGGGAGCCUCGCCCAAGACGAAGCCGCCCCUCGGCGAUGCUCCGGUGCGUCCUGAGCUACCUCAUGUGUGCCACGUGGUCUCCGUCUCGGUCCACCGCUGGAGCGUUUCCAUCCUUGGCGCAGCUCCAGACGGCCCUCGUCCUCCAGCCCAGCCUGGCGCAGAAUUCCUUCCCAUUCUGUCCUUCCCCCCAUUUUCUGAGGAACUUCACACAUUCCCGGCGCCCCCAUCGCGGGAGGAAGCAAAGCUCAGAGGCAGCGCCGCUCCUCUCGACCCGAGGCGGCCCUGCAGGCGGCUGCCCGUUGGCGCCGGGGGGAGCCUGGACUUUGGCAUCUGCACCAAAGCUGGACGGUGUUGGGAAGCCUCCGAGGCCACAGAAGCCCCGGCUGAUGCGGGCAGACUUCCAAGGCGGAGCGACGCCCGGCUGGCGCUGGGGAGGAGAGAGGCGGCCAGACCCAGCAGAGCCCAGGGAGACCCCGAGGCCAGGCGCCUUAUAACCCCCCCACACCCCUCCUGGCAGCUGGCCUUUCUUCUCCAUGGCUCCCGCAGAGAAGCCCCCGUGGGCGGCUUUAUUAGAUGGCGGCCGAUGCCUUCCCGAGCGCUACGGAGCGAAUUGGGGCUGCUUUGAGGAACGUGAAGAAGAGGCUCCACUUGCAGGGAUGACGGGGCCUUCCCUGCUGCUCCCCAAACUCCCUGCGCCAGACACGCCCUUUGUGUCUUACGAGGACAUUUGGCGCACGAGAGAUGGACUUUUAUCUGGACUGAAAUCGCAUCCUCAGACGUGUGGGGAGAAGACGGUUCCCGCUAGGCAUCCUCGCCCACUUUGGCCUUUAAUGCUUUUAAGGUUGCCUUUAAUUCCCGCCACUUCCUCCCUUCGGAAUAACCCCUUCCCUCCCCGCCCCCUUUCCCUGACCCCAAGCCGGCUCAAAUCUUCAGGCUGCCGCUCUGCGCAAGCUUUAAAAAUAGGUUUUUGCCCCUGGUGAGCCUUUAUUCAGAAGAACUAACUCCUCUGGUGAGGUUAUAUAGUUUGGAUUUAUAUUUAUGUUUAAAAAUAAUAGCCCAUGUACACCGAGAUAUGUAACCCUAUUUACCUCCUUUCUGUUUCCGACCCUUGGUAAGAAGAGAAAGCCUCCCUCACCCUUGUCCCCUCAGAGGACAAACUGGUAGCUCAAUUCCACCAACUGUGCCUCCCUCAUUUUCUAUUUUAUAUACCUUUUCCACUCAACUGUACAUAGAAAUAAAACCUUGCAACCGGGG